ACUAUCUAUUCAUAUCAAAAGAAAGAACUAUGGCAAAACUUUCAUUUAGUCCAUCUAUGAUCUUUGUGUUCUUGUUCCACUUUGUCACUAGUCCUGCGACAUGUUCAAACAACGAGACUGAUUUACAAGCACUGCUGGCCUUCAAGGAUGCCAUAGAUCAUGAUCCCAUGGGUGUGUUGAACUCAUGGAAUGAAACCCUUCCUUUCUGCAGCUGGAAAGGCAUUUUAUGCGGCAAAAGGCACCAAAACAGAGUAGUGUCAAUUGAUCUCAUGUCCCAAGGCCUGACGGGAUCCCUUUCACCUCAUAUAGGUAAUCUUUCUUUUCUCAGAUAUAUUACUUUACAAAACAACAGCUUCCAUGGCCAAAUCCCAGAAGAAAUUGGUCGAUUGCGGAGGCUUGAACAGAUUGAAUUUAGUAACAAUUCUUUUAGUGGUGAGAUUCCAAGAAAUGUGUCACAAUGUAGACGUCUUUAUUACCUGAAUUUGAUUGACAACAAUCUCACAGGGACUAUAAUCUCUGAGAUAGGAUCUCUCGUUGAACUUGAAGCUCUAGGCUUAUCAGAAAACAGGCUCACAGGAACUAUCACACCAUUCAUAGGAAAUCUAACCCGCCUGUUUGUACUUUCUUUAGCAAACUGUGGCUUGCAAGGACAAAUUCCAGAGCCACUUGUCCGACUACAAUACCUGAGCUUGCUAAAUUUGGAUGAAAAUAGCUUGACUGGUGAAAUUCCUUAUGCCCUGUACAACAUUUCCAGUCUCAGAACUUUCUCAGUGCGUUCCAAUCAACUCCAAGGAAGCAUACUUCCUGAGAUAGGCUUCAGAUUUCCAAAUUUGAGAUUUUUUGAUUUGGGAGACAAUCAUUUACUGGAGUUCUUCCAGCUUCACUGUCAAAUUCUUCCUCACUGGGAAAUAAUGAAGGAUUUUAGAAGGCUUUCAGCUCUUAAGUACCUAAUUGUCUCAUAUAACCAUUUGAAGGGAGACAUCAGUUUCAUUUCAUCCAUGAUUAAUUGCACUAGCCUUGAAAGUCUUGCAUUCUUUGAUAAUAAUUUGACUGGUUCAUUGCCAGAUACCAUUGGCAAUCUUUCCAGUCGCUUAAGUUACCUGUCAAUUAGUAGAAAUCAGUUGCAUGGAAGAAUUCCUUCUAGUAUCGGAAACCUCCUUGGUCUCACUAGCUUAGACAUCGGAACUAAUGAUCUUGAAGGCCCUAUUCCUUUUUCCAUCGGUAAACUUCAUAAAUUGCAAGAAAUUUACCUUGGAGCAAACAGAUUGACAUAUGAGUUACCAUUUUCGUUUGGUAACUUGACUUUGUUGAACCAUCUAUACUUGCGGCAGAACAAUUUUUAUGGGAAUAUACCUCAAAGUCUUGGCAACUGCAGCAACUUGCUAACCUUAGACCUUUCUCGUAACAAUCUCAAUGGUUCAAUACCUCCAGAAAUUAUGCGUCUUUCUUCCAUUUCUAUUGCCUUUAAUCUAGCCAACAACUUCUUCACGGGUUCUAUUCCAUCAGAAGUUGGCUCUUUGAGAAAUCUUGUGAGCCUGGACUUGUCUCACAAUGGAUUAUCAGGGUCCAUUCCAAACUCGUUGAGCAGCUGUGUAAUGUUAGAAAGGCUUCACCUGGAUAGCAAUGCUCUUAAUGGGGAAAUACCCAAUGGAUUAAGGUCUUUGAGGGGUUUGCAGGAUUUGGAUCUCUCACAAAAUAACAUAUCGGGGUCGAUUCCAGGAUUUCUGAGUGAGCUGCUCCUGGUAAAUCUGAAUCUGUCUUUCAAUAGGCUGCAAGGACCAGUCCCAACUGUAGGGGUAUUUCAAAACGAAAGUGCAAUCUCACUGGAAGGAAACAGUGGCUUGUGUGGAGGUAUUCUGCACUUAAACCUUCCUCCUUGCUCAUCAACAAAUUUCAUGAAGAAACAAUUUCCAACUAUAUGGAAAAUCUUGAUUCCAUUAUUAAGUGCUGGAGUCAUAUGCCUUAUCCUCUCUGCAUGCUUCUACGUAAUCAUCUACAGGCGACGAAUAUCACAAAGGAUACAAUUUUCCAGCCCUGCAAUCGGGGCCGAGGUUUUGAGGCUAUCUUAUGCAGAUCUCCUGAAAGCCACAGGUGGAUUCUCAGAGGCCAAUUUACUCGGGUCUGGGAGGUUUGGAUCAGUUUACAAAGGAGUUCUCCAUGAUGAGCAAACACUUGUGGCAGUGAAGGUGCUUAAUCUUAGCAUCAAAGGAGCUUCUAAAAGCUUUAUAUCAGAAUGCAAUGCAUUAAAGGGCAUAAGACACAGAAACCUUCUGAAAAUACUGAGUAUUUGUCCUAGCACAGAUUUUCAAGGUAAUGAUUUUAAGGCAUUGGUUUAUGAGUUUAUGGCUAAUGGGAGCUUGGAGAAGUGGCUGCACCAAACUUCAGAGGAAGAAAACAGAAAUCUUAGCACAAUUCAGAGACUGAACAUUGCCAUUGAUAUUGCAUCUGCACUUGAGUACCUACAUUUUGGUACAGACUCGACAAUUGUUCAUGGUGAUUUGAAGCCGAGUAACAUCCUUUUGGAUGAAAAUAUGACUGCCCACUUGGGGGAUUUUGGAUUGGCAAAAGUUGUUUCCAGUAUAGUUUCAAUGCACGAGAGCAGUUCUCUUGCAAUCAAGGGAACCAUUGGCUAUAUUCCUCCUGAGUAUGGCAUGAGUGACAUGAUUUCAGCAUCGGGGGACGUAUAUAGCUAUGGGAUUUCUCUACUAGAGAUGUUCACAAAUAGAAGACCGACGGAUGAUGUAUUUUCGGGUCACUCAAGCCUUCAUGAUUGUGUGAGCAGAGCAUUGCCAAGCCAUGUACUGGAAGUUUUGGAUCCAUUCAUUCUAGAUGAACACAAGCACACCAUGACUAGUAGAAUCAAGAACUGCAUGGUUUCUAUUCUGGGAAUUGGAGUGGCAUGUUCCAAGGAAUUGCCCAGAGAUCGAAUGUCGAUGCCAGAUGUUGUUACUGAGUUGCAUAAGAUAAAAACUGCUUAUAUGACUCAAUAAUUUUGCUAAAAUUUUAGUGUAAAGAGAUUGAAAAGAAAUUUUGCUAUUGACAUUGCAUCUACACUUGAGUACCUGCCUUCUGGCACAGACUCGACAAUUGUUCAUGGAGAUUUGAAGCCGUGUGACAUUCUUUUGGAUGAAAAUAUGACUUGCCCACUUGGGAAAUUUUGGAUUGGUAAGAGGCUUCCUCCCAUGUCAAAAGAUUAGUAGCUUAUGUAAUUGAUUCUACAUUUGCACAAACACAACAUGGAUAACAGAAUCGAGAAUUGCAUGGUUUCUGUUCUGGGAAAGGCAUGUUCAAAGGAAUUGCCUGGAGAUCGAAUGCUGAUUGCCUAAGAUAAAAAAUGCUUAUAUGGUUCAGUGAUUCUGCUAAAAAUUCAGAGGAAAGGAGAUUGACAUUUCAAUAAGUUACAUAACAAGGGAAGAGGG